UAGUUUGAUCUCACUUCAAACCGUUCAGUGACACUCUGGAACAAUGGCUGCCGCCGUCGUCGUCCUUCCCCUGCUCGCCGCCCUCCUCGUCCCCUUCUCCGGCCUGCAGCCCGCCGCCGCCGGCGGCAAUGCGGCGGCGGCGACCGUGGUGGUCAAGGCGGCGACGGCCAUCGCCCGCACCGACGACAACUUCGUCUGCGCGACGCUCGACUGGUGGCCCAGCGACAAGUGCAACUACGGCAUGUGCCCCUGGUACAACUCCUCCAUCAUUAACCUGGAUCUGGAUAAUCCUAUCCUCCACAAUGCAGUCAAAGCGUUCAACUCGCUCAGGAUCAGGCUUGGAGGAUCUCUGCAGGACCAGGUGAGUUACAAAGUCGGCAGCCACUUCGGCCAUUGCCGGAGCUUCCGGCGAGACGACGGCGGCCUCUUCGGCUUCACCGACGGCUGCCUCCAUAUGAACCGAUGGGACGAGCUCAACGUCUUCUUCGGCAAGACCAACACGACGGUGACGUUCGGGCUGAACGCGCUGAGGGGGCGGAGCAAGGCGGCCGGCGGCAACGACACCCUGUACGCCGGCGACUGGGACGGCCGGAACGCGCGCGACCUGAUGCGGUACACCGUCGGCAAGGGGUACCGCGUGGAGUCGUGGGAGCUCGGCAACGAGCUGAGCGGCAGCGGCGUGGCGGCGAGGGUGGCGGCGGCGCAGUACGGCCGCGACGUGGCGAGGCUGAAGAGGAUGGUGGGGCGCGUGUACAGCGGCACCGGCGGCGAGGAGCCGAAGGUCCUCGCGCCGGGCGGGUUCUACGACGGCCCGUGGUUCUCGGAGAUGCUGCGCUUCUCCGGCGCCGGCGCCGUCGACGGCGUCACCCACCACAUCUACAACCUCGGCUCCGGAAAGGACAGUGACCUGAUCAAGAAGAUGCAGGACCCGAGCUACCUCGACCAGGCGAAGAAGACGUUCCGCGACAUGGCGACCACCGUCCGGGACGCCGGGCCGUGGAGCUCGCCGUGGGUGGGCGAGGCCGGCGGCGCGUACAACAGCGGCGGGAAGGACGUGUCGGACAGGUACGUGGACAGCUUCUGGUACCUGGACCAGCUCGGCAUGUCGGCGGCGUACGGCACCAAGGUGUACUGCCGCCAGGCGCUCGUCGGCGGCAACUACUGCCUCCUCAACACCACCACGUUCGUCCCCAACCCCGACUACUACGGCGCGCUGCUGUGGCACCGCCUCAUGGGCCCGGUGGCCCUCAAGGCGGCCACCGCUGGCGGCGGCGGCGCGCCGUACCUCCGGUCGUACGCGCACUGCUCGAGGGAGCAGCCGGGGCUGACGGUGCUCCUCAUCAACCUGUCCAACUCGACGGCGUUCGACGUGUCGGUGUCCGGCGGCCCGCUCGGCGCGGCGCCGUGCGGCGGGCGGAGGGAGGAGUACCACCUGAGCCCCCACGGCGGCGACAUCCAGAGCCAGGUGGUGCUGCUCAACGGCGAGCCGCUGGUGCUCGCCCCGGGCGGCCAGAUCCCCGAGCUCCGGCCGGCGGCCGUGGCCGACGGGUGCGCGCCGCUGCGCGUGGCGCCGCAUGGCGUCGCGUUCGUCAGGUUCACCAACUUCAAGGCUCCCGCGUGCGCAUAGUAUUAUCACGUACGAUACUCCUAGGCCCUAGCUAGACAUGACAUUUGCAGAAUGAACAGCAGAUUGCGUUGUAUCAUGAGUUAAUAAUCGUUUGAUUAAAGAUGUGGUAAUCAGUUUUGCUUGUGGUUUGAUCAGUGUAAAAGAUUUGAUCUCUGCAUCAUGUUCUUCGCGAUCACGUACGAAUCGGUCGAUGCGGUUUGCGAUUAAGGUGAAAAUUAGGGGAUAACCCUGCUGCACGUUCUUCCUAUGUGGACAGUGUCUUUUACUUGAU